AUGGGAUAUGCAACCUGUGAAAAUGGUUAUAGGGUGUUUGAUCCAAUAUCCAAGAAACUAGUCUUGUCAAGAGAUAUUGCAUUUAAUGAAGAAGCUACUUGGAAUUGGGAAGAGAACUCAGAUUCACUUACUUCCACUACUGGAAGUUUUACUUAUGGUGACACAAUCACAGAAAGAAGUGACAUAAUGGUGUUGUCUCCUACAUCAUUUGCAUUACCUCCAUCUAGAAGAGUUCUGAGUGUUGAAGAAUUUAAAGUUCAAUCUAAGACAUAUGUGAACAAGCCAAACUUGAGUGAAAUGCACACUCAAGGAUUUGAUCAUACACCACUGAAGUGGAGGAAGUUGGAUGAAGUGUUGGCUCAAUGUAAUAUGUGUAUCAUGGAUCCAGAGAAAUAUGAAGAUGCUAAACAAGAUGAGUCCUGGUUAAAAGCAACGAAGGAUGAGUUGUUCAUGAUUGAAAAGAAUGUUACUUGGAAACUUGUUGACAGACCAACUGAGCAACCUGUUAUAGGAGUUAAAUGGGUUUACAAAACCAAGUUAAAUCUUGAUGGUUCAGUGUUGAAGAAUAAAGCAAGGCUGAAGAAGUAUGCAAGUUCCUUGUUGAGUAAGUUUGGUUUAAAUGAAGUAAAGUUUGUUACAACUCCUCUUGUAGCAACUGAGAAGCUAACUAAAGAUGAUGGAAAUGGAUCUGCGAGUGAGGAAAUGUAUAAUAGUAUUAUGGGAAGCCUUCUAUACCUCACUGUAACAAGGCCUGACAUAAUGUAUGCAGCAAGUCUAUUGGCUAGAUUUAUGCACUGUUCUACUAAUAGACACUAUGGAACUGCAAAUAGGGUACUCAGAUAUAUCAAGGGAACCUUGGAUUAUGGCCUAGAGUACAUCAAGGGAACCUUGGAUUAUGGCUUAGAGUAUGUGAAGGGCAGAAGAGCUUGUUUAAUUGGCUACUGUGAUAGUGAUUGGGGUGGUUCAUUGGAGGGCAGCAAGAGUACAUCAGGAUAUGCAUAUUCCUUUGGUAGUGGUAUGUUCUCUUGGGCUUCAGUUAAGCAAAACUAUGUUGCACUUUCAACUGUAGAGGCUGAAUACAUAAGUGCAUCAAGCGACAACUCAAGUUGUAUGGCUGAGGUUUGUUUCGAAGGAUUUUGGAGAAUUGCAAACUGA